AGCAAAGAAGCCCUCUCUGAAGAGACACAGCAAAGAUGUCUGAAAAACACAAGUGGUGGCAGCAGGCAGAGAACAUCGACAUCACACACCUGGGCCCUAAGAGAAAAGCCUAUGAACUCCUGGGUCGGCAUGAAGAGCAAGUGCUCAUCAACCGCAGAGAUAUCAUGGAGAAGAAGGAUGCCUGGGAUGUGCAGGAAUUCAUCACUCAAAUGUAUGUCAAACAGUUGCUUCGCCAUCCAGCCUUCCAGCUGCUGCUGGCCUUUCUGCUGUUGUCCAACGCCAUCACCAUUGCCCUCCGCACCAACUCUUAUCUCGGUCAGAAACACUACGAGUUAUUCUCGACCGUGGAUGACAUUGUGUUGACGAUCCUUAUCUGCGAGGUUCUGCUUGGUUGGCUUAAUGGCUUCUGGAUUUUCUGGAAGGAUGGCUGGAAUAUCCUCAACUUCGCAAUUGUCUUUAUCUUGUUUAUGGGGUUCUUCAUAAAACAACUUGACAUAGUCGCCAUCACCUACCCUCUCAGGGUGCUCCGGCUGGUGCAUGUGUGUAUGGCGGUAGAACCCCUGGCCAGAAUCAUCAGGGUUAUCCUGCAGUCGAUGCCGGACUUGGCCAAUGUCAUGGCUCUCAUCCUCUUCUUCAUGCUGGUAUUCUCUGUGUUUGGGGUCACGCUCUUCGGUGCAUUUGUGCCCAGGCAUUUCCAGAACAUGGGGGUUGCCCUGUACACGCUCUUCAUCUGCAUCACCCAGGAUGGAUGGCUGGACAUCUACACUGACUUCCAGGUGGACAACAGAGAGUACGCGAUGGAGGUCGGGGGUGCCAUCUACUUCGCUAUCUUUAUCACCCUUGGUGCCUUCAUUGGUCUCAACUUGUUCGUUGUCGUGGUGACCACAAACUUGGAACAAAUGAUGAAGACCGGCGAGGAAGAGGGGCAUCUGAACAUAACGUUUACCGAGACAGAAGAGGAUGAGGACUGGACUGACGAACUGCCACUGGUGCAUUGUACAGAGGCCCGCAAGGAUAUUUCCACUGUCCCCAAGGAACCACUGGUUGGGGGCCCCCUGUGUAACCUCACGGAAAAGACCUGCGAUAACUUCUGCUUGGUGCUUGAAGCAAUACAGGGGAACCUGAUGGAAUACAAAGAGAUCCGAGAGGAGCUCGACACGAUUAUAGAGGAGGUGUGCUCCAUCCGGUUCAACAAGGAGCAGCAAAAUGUCAUCCUACACAAGCGCACCUCCAAAAGCACCACCUUCCUGAGCGAGUCCUCCGAGAUGCCCGACAAGCAAGACUUGAUCACUGCGCUGAUGAGCAGGGGAGAAAAGGUGUAUGAUUCUAACACAAACAUGGUUAGCAAACAGAAGCUUAGCCACUGAGAAGGCGGUAUGGGAACCGAAGGGCCUGCACACACUGGGCCAGCUGCUGCAUCCCAGACUGGAGCCCAUCUCUCUCCCUUGCACCCGGGCGGCAGAGGCCAUGGGGCUGGAAAGGUGGCAGCAUCUUCAGGACUUACGCCCGGGAGCCUCAAGUCCGGACGAGUCAGGAUUCUGGCUGAGAGCGGAUGUACAGAACGUCGUAGCCAGGCUUUGGCCUAAAGAUGAACAUCCCUGACCUCUGCAUCAGCCAGAGCCGGAUGAGGCCUGCGUGGGCCCAAGCACCAGAAAGAGAAGAGCCCGGCCAGUGAGACCGUGUGCACCGAAAAUAAACUUUUGUGUUAUAACCAA